UGCUCAGCGCACGCGCUGCGCUGCAGCCGCUGUUGAGCGUUGAGAGCUUGACUGACUUGUAUGCCGUUUACAAAUCAGUACCUUUCAAUUAUGCCCUCGCGGGCCACUGCUUGUUCGUGGCGGCCCUGGCACCCGACUUCCGGCGGAAUUUCUUGAUGCACUUCUGGGUUACCUUCCUCGCUGGCUUUGGUGGGGGCAUCGUGUCUUCGUUGCUCAUGAUGGACCCUGCAAGGGCGCCAGUCAACAUCCUUGCUAACAAUACCGUUGGGUUGACUUGGGUGGCAUGCUGGUGGCUGAUGGCAUAUUCGCCGUUCGACAUUGUCAACCGCGUCCACUCCUUCCUGCCGUUCCGGAUGGUGACCAAGGCGUGCGUCGCCUUCAUGCGCGCGCAGCUCAUCAUGAACCGGGUGGACCUUGCCGUCUCCCUCUACCCCGGCGUGCUGCUGGCCCCCCUCAUCCUGGGCUCGAUAGCGGGCAGCGGCGGCAAGCUCAUCACGGACGCCGUGCGCGCCUGCUGGGGCCGGCUGCCGGGGGCUCCCGAGGCGGCGGUUCCCUCCUUCGUGUGGCGCAGCGCCUUCCUGGCCUCCGCCGCCUACUACGGCAGCUGCAAGGCAAGCAGCCUGCUCAGCAGCCAGGAGGCGGCGGCGCUCAUCAUCACGGUCAUGCUUGUCCACAGCGUGCUGAGCGACCUGCUGGGGGCGGCCCGCACCGACUUCACCUACCCGCUGGCCUGGCUGCUGCACAAGAUCAGCCUGAUCCCCAUGCCCUCGGACAGCCCCGCCCCCGCCGUUGCUGCCGCCAAGCCGGCCAAGCAGCCCAGCCAGGCGCCCAAGCAGCAGCAGCCGCAGCAGCAGCCGCAGCAGCAGGCGGCCAAGCAGGGUGCGGCCAGCCAGGCAGCCCCCGCCGCCACCUCCAAGCAGCAGCAGCAGGCAGGCAGCGGCACGACCGCUCCGGGCAGCAAGUCCGCGGCUCAGGAGCCCGGGAAGAACGGAAAGGCCGCCGCAGCGGCUGUCAAGGCGGACAGCAGCAGCGCCGCCUCGCAUUCGGGCAACAAAAAGGGGGAGAGCAAGAAGAAGCGGUGAUGGGGGGGGAAUGCAGAGGGCGUUCGAGAAGGAGGGCGUUGGAUGCGGUGAUCGGAUGCAAACGGACCGUACGGAUCGGACCUGGUGACGCCGCCUGCGUUGCCUAUCUUCAGACUGCGAUGUGAUGUGAUUGCAUGGACUAGGUGCUGCUUGACGUUGCCGGUUAACGCUGUGUGUAUGGCAUGUGGUCUUCAACAUCGAAAUAUCAGUGGUUGCGGAAAAGGUUUAUAAAUCGUGCAGGGGUUCAAGUGGGGUUAUGUGGACUCCGUCCGAGGAGGGUGCGCCGCUAAGCUAAGGGUGUGUCCGGUGGCGAUGGGCGGCGUAUUGAUGGAGACAAACCUGGGUUCCUUGCGAGCCGGUGAUCAGGCCUGUUAUUGUUAGCUCUCCAACGCUUCGCCUCACAUGAAGGGC